UGUGGCGUUAAUGCAGAUGUUAAUUUUUCAAAAUAAAUACCACCUCUUAAGCCACUCUUAUCAUCAAAUCAAAAAUCAACAACAGGUAUAGUUUGCUUCUCUUAAUUUGUGUCAUGGCAUCCGAAUCCUCUAGCCUCUCAGUCACUUCAAAUAAUCAUGUUGAUUCUUCCAAACCAAAAAACGUGGUGCACAAGGAGGAGAAUGAACAAGGUCAGUCUUCAAAAUCCAAUUCCAACAUGCCGAUUGAUUUUGUGAAGUUAUCGAAAGAGGAUUCAGUUGAUGGGUCAAAGGUGCAAGAGCACAAUUUUUUUAACCCUAUUCAAGUCGGUGGCUCGUCGUCUGAUCCUCCUAAUACCGACAAUGAAAAGAAAGGAGAGAAAACCAUUGACGAGAAGAAUUUGGAGUCAAAGACAUCUUAUGCAUGCAACUUUUGUAAGAGAGAAUUUUCUACUUUACAAGCGUUAGGAGGGCACCAGAACGCCCAUAAGGCAGAACGUGCAUUAAAAAAACAGCGUGAAGAAAGAUAUGAACAUGAUGUUUUAGGGUUAGGGAAAACUCACUUGAACCCUUAUUUUCGUUAUCCUAGUGCUCUUUUUUCACCUUAUGGGUCACUUGGGGUUCGAAUGGACUCCAUGAUUCAAAAACCAUCUCUUUUUAACCCUAGGGUUACACCAAAUAAUUUUACUUAUGGACAUGGUGGUUUGUGUUUACAAGAGACAUUAAACCCUUCCCUUGUUAAUUUGAGAAAUAAUAUGGAAGGUAGUAGCAGGGUUGGAAUUCUUGGUCUUGGUGGUGCAACUUCUUCAAGGGUUGAAAAUAGUGCAAAUAAUAAAAUUAGUUCAAACUCAAUCAUAGAAAAUAAUUUUUUUGUGGCUCCUGCUCCUGUUAAAGAUGAUAUUCAUCAACCAAAGUUCAACACCGAAGAAGAACUUUCCGAUUCUGAAUCUUCAGGGCUUGAUUUGACACUUAAGCUUUGAAUAAGUUUCUAUAUUGUGUUUCCAUAUUUUGAUUGCUAUGCUCUCUAGUUGAAGUUAUGGCAUGGUGAUUAUUUCUU